ACAAACCGGCGAAGUUACCGGCAUAUGUUUACGGACGCAAAUCUUGAAUUAAAUGAGGAGAAGUGCAUAAACUGUUCUUGGAGACAUUGAGUAUGAAUAGAGAACUUGUGUUUUGUAAACUUUUGUAAGAAUUGGUGCACAAUGUUUGGCAGUAGAAGACUUGCAAAAAGGUCAAUCGUGGGAACCCGGGUCGCCGCAAAAUGGCAAGAUGGCCGGUAUUACGCCGGGGUAAUUAAGGGGGUAUACGCAGAAGAGACACCUUUUACUGAUGCAGUCUAUACAAUUUUGUUUGAGGAUGGUUAUGAGAAGAGUACCCCCUCAAAAAGUAUAGUUGGACCAGGGUUUCAACCAUGUUCUACAUGUGUGCUGAAAAAAGGUCAGAAGGCCUUCUUGACAUUGAAUGGCAGGGAGAUUAGUGGGACAGUUAUAAAUCAUGCAACUGACAUGGACGAGGUCUUGCUGAACGUCCAGCUCGUAAAUGGUGAUGAAAUUGACAUUAUUAAGCGUAUCGAUGAAGUUCGCCUUCUCAAGAGUCGGAAGUCUGCGCGCCUGCAAGACCAGGACACAGAUUAUUCCAAAAUGGCAGACCUUCAGCUGACAGAGGCAAGAAAAAGAACUGUUUCUUCUGGGAUCGACAUGCCGAGCAAAUCAGUUCAGCAUGGUUACCGCACCAUUCACUUGGCAGACGACACAGAUGGAAACACAAAUGGUACAGUGGGUUCGGACGAGAGUUCGGAGGAUGUUGAGAUGAUGGAUGAGAACAUCGCUGCUCUAGUGUUGACCAGUCUCAGCUGUAGUCCCCAGUCUCCGCAGUUUACCGCCCAGGACUUCAGAGAUUUCACACGGAAUGGGCACCUGUCCUCCAGCGUGGCUAGCAGUGGUUUCCAUAGCAACCAGUCAGAACACAGCGAUCCCUCGCCUCCAACGCCAAGCCAUCUUAGCGAGUCAGCUCCAGCAACCACGAGUGCCAUGUUUGAUAAGUUCCAGCAGGAUGAGGGAAUCGAUGUCACAGACGUCAAACCUGAUGGCACAGAUAGUGGCUCACCAAAACAGAUUCAGAGCCAGAAGAAGACUAUGUAUCAAUGUACCUGGCCUGGCUGUAAUAAAAUCAGCGCCACCUGUGAGGCAAUUGAAAAGCAUGUGAGGGACACUCAUCUCGGGUCAGACACAGAGAACGAGGAGGACUUUUACUACACCGAGAUAGAGGUGAAUGUGGACAACGUCACCCGCGGGUUCUCUGACAUGUGUACAUCAGCAUCAUCACCCCCGGCAACUGGCAGUGCCCCUGCCACACCCAGCUUUGUGAUCCCGGACCAUGACUACCAGAAAAAGGAGUUUCGUCAGGUGUUUGCAUCCAGUGUCCCGUCAACAAGCGCCUUCUUAGGCCACACCCAUGCCAUGCCCAUCCCCAUCAAGGUGUCCGAAAUACAACGCUCACUCUCAUGGCAAAACACACACACUUAUGCAACAAGUCCGUCACCUCCAAUUCGCAUCUCAAACCGCCCGAGCCCUCAGGAACGUCUUCAGCAGCACCAAGCCCAGUCCCCGAAACUCCACACAGGCUUCCCAACAUCCAAAUCUCUCUCCAUCCACAAGAAACCUCGCUCAGAGGUGCGUAAGUGCCGUAAGGUGUACGGCAUGGACAACCGGGACAUGUGGUGUACGCAGUGCAAAUGGAAGAAAGCUUGUACAAGGUUUCUAGACUAAGCCAAUUGGUUCUUGGGUUGAGUCACUGUUUUCAGGACCAAGCCUCUUGAUUCUAUGGCUGAGUCUUUUGUGUUUGGGACUAAACCACUUGAUUCUUGGGCUGACUUACUUGUUUCCUUGACUUAGUCUUUUGAUCCUUUAACAGAGUCAAUUGUUGCCUUGACUAAGCCACAGGAUUCUUGGCCUGAACUGCUUGGUUUCUUGGACUAAGCAACUGGUUGAGUCAGUUGGUAACAGAACAAAAAAAUCAGGGGACAUUUUAGACCUUGGAUCUGAAGUUUGGGGAGAUAUUUUGUAUGAAAAGGUAUUGAUUGAAACACAGAAAAAAACAAAGCUGAAUUAUUCCAGAAGCAGUUUGGAAAAAGUAAAGGUCUCAUCAAGAACAUUGGCCUAUAUUUAUACUGAAAAAUCUAUUUUUCAUGAAUUUCAAGUAAUUUAGUUUUUAGUCACUUCUAAAAUGUUUUAAAAGAAUCUUUAGAGGUACAUGUACAUGCAUUUCUAGACACCUGUAAAAAGGUGCUAUAUUUUAGUUAAACACGAUAGAAUGAUGAAAUAUUUGACAAGAAACUUAUUAGAACUCUGGUAGUCUACAUAGAAUUAGAAAAGAAGUUAACAACCCAAUAUGAAAAUAAAUUUACAAGAAAGCAUUAUUACAUGAAAGUUAGUGAUUUGUUAUCUGAUUGACAGAAUUAUUUAUGAUUUACAGACUUUUCACCACACUGACCGAUGCAUUAUACAUUUUCUAAAAGGAACCAUAAACUACGUAUGUUUGAGAAGCCCUGUACAUACACUUGUGAUAAUAUCAAAUAUUUUAGAGUAUGAGAGUUUUUUUGUUUGUCUCAUAUUAAAUUGUGCUAAUACGUCGAUAAACCUCUGCUAUUGGAAGUAUUGUUUUGGAGAAUGCAAGGGGCGGUAUUCAUACAACAUCUUAGGUCACUUCCUUACUUAAGUAAUUUUUCUAAGUUAAGUAUCUUACUCAUCAUUUGAUACAAUAAUUUAAUAGCUGAAAUACUUUAUUUUCAUUAAUUUUAUUGAAUUUAUAUAUUCUUUCAUUUGAAAAAUAUAGAUUUUAAUUUUAAGAAAAUUUUAAGAAAUCAACUUCAGUAAAGAAAUGACUUAAUAUGCUUUAUGAAUACCGUCCACUGUUAAACUUGUUACUGUUUGAUUAUUUAUUUGAAAUUAUGAAACUUAAAAUUUUGAUUUAUAUGUUUAAAACUUUUCUUAAAGAAUUUUCUGUCCUUUUAGCCGUAAUGGAAACUUUUAUUUAACAUCUGGAAUUAAUGCAAUAUUUACAACAAUAUAAACACAGCAACGAUUAAUUUAGAUACAAAAUAAAAAGAAGAAGCAUCCGAUUAUGAUUUUUUUUAGAUUAUAAUAUAUUAAACAUUGUAAUUUUUAAAUUUUGUAUUGUAAUAUUUUUUUAAAAACAUAUUGAUUUUUAAAUACUUCAAUUUCCAUAUUUUCAUGCAGGGUCAAUAUUUAAAAUAUUAUGUGGGUAACAACUUCAACCAAUGGAAUAAACAAAUACUGGAUAUUGUUGAAUUUAAGGCAAAAGUACAAUUUCAUCUUCAAGAUGUAAUGUUGCCAGGAUUUAAAUCUGAAUGCAUUUUCCCAUUGAUUAAUGCCUAUCUGCAUGGUGGUUCAUAAGGAGGUAUUGUUCCUUCUUUUUUCCACAACCUUCAAGGCAUUCAAGUUUAAUCUAAAAGAAAUUGAAUGUUUGUUAAAUGCAAACAUUUUCAUAACAAACAUAAUUCCAAAUCUUGAUCUACAAUGGUUGAAUUUAUUUUUGAAUAAAAGCAGAAUUUAUUAUCUUUAACUGAACAGAUCUCUUUACAAGGAAGUAUUGUUUUAAAGAUUUUGUUUAAUCCUGAUUGUAUGUUAUUACAUGAAGUGACACAAAAUGCUUGUUUAAUCAUGGAUUAUCUCCCAUUCUGCCAUUCAUUUGAGCCGGUGAAAUGUUGUUUUUAAUCUGUAUGUAGAUAGAUGUUUAUAUAUAUUGUCUGUAAAUAUCUUUGUUAAAUUUAAAUCUGAUUAUUUUAACUGUUACAUGAACCCUGUGCUUUAACUUUUGUUAUUUUAUUAUAUUUUUGUUUUUAAAUAGUAUAUUUUGCAUUUUGGGACAAAAAUAAAAUGAACUACAAUAAUUAUAGCAUUUGUCCCUAUAAACAAUCCUCAUUGAGAAGCUCUCCACAAGUACCAGUAAUAGUACGAUAUAUACCUUAUUUUUUGUCCAGUUUUGAUUUGUAUUUUUGGCUGUCCAAUUAUAUAUCAGUAAAUUUUUCAAACAACCAAGAUCUCUUAAAUUAUAGAUUUUUUCUUUAUAUUUUUUUUAUAAUUCUGUAAUAUUUACGAACCUAAGGUAAACAAGAUUUCAAAUUGGAUUGAAAACAAACAUGGUGUAGAAUUUGUCAUUUAUUUAAUUCUAAGAUUUCAUAAAACCAUUAUCUACUUAUCAUGUAUGCAAAACCCCAUAAUAAAUUAGUACGAGUAGAGAGGCUGUAAAGCACUACUUGAACGUCCGCUUGUAUGGCUAGCUAUGCAGAGAAGUUAAAGUUGCAGUUAAUGGUCUUUGAACUUGUGUGUGAAAUCUCGCUUAACUCUCACAUAAAACAUUUUCCUUGUGGUUUUAAUAUGAUUUUUCUGUACACCUUGCACGAGCCUACACAUAUCUGUAUGAUGUACCCGGUAGGUCAUAUUUUUUUUCUGGAUAACGACUAUGUGCUUUUUAAAAAAACCCAUACCUGGCUGAUCUAACAAUCAACAAGAAGUUUGGUUUACCAGUUUGCGCAGUGGUUAGCUCACUCACUUCUCACCUAUGCAUCCCCUGUUUGAUUCCCGGUCCGGGUGUGAGUUUGGUUUGUGGUCACCAAGCCAGACAAGUGGGUUUUCUCCAGAUUCUCCGUUCCCCUCACAAAACAAGACCACACUCUUGCGCAAUAUCUCGCCAACGAGAGUGACUUAGCAUUAAUGUUAAUAUAACUUCUUCGUUAUGCUUGUAAAAUAAAUAAAGUUUCAACUAACUAGAAGUUCACACAUACAAUUACACAUACAAGUAGUGUUUUGCAGUCUCUCUUUCGUUGACAUUAUGUCUUUCAUCAUUUAACACAUACCAAUUUCACAUACCGGUUUGCAUAACUUCUUAAAAUGAUCUCAACUCCUCGAAAUGAGUGAUUUAUUAGAAAUGAAAGUUUAGAUUACCCAAAUACAUUAUUUAUGAUAACAUUAUUAUAACCACAGCAUUAUGAAAAUGUUAUGUUGGGAAUAGAUGAUGGGAUCAUAGCAGUAAAUGUUGUCUUUAUUAGUAGUGAACAAUAGAACAAUGGAUAAAUGGCAAUGUGACUGUUUCCGACAGCAAUUCAAUUUUCUCAGGGUUUAUUAAUGUCGUAGUCUUUCAUGCAGUAGUGGAAUAGGAAUAAAAGUUUCUCUUGAUUAACUGGCUGAUUUUCAAUAAUCAUAAACAUUUAAUCAAUGUUUGUAUGCUAUGUUUUUGGUGAUAUUUUAUUUCCGGUUACUUUUACUUGCAGUCUGUUAGUUUGUUUUAUGAACUUUGUUAAUAACUAUUAUUUAUGCAACUUUGACCUGUUGAUAAAUCUUUUUUAUCCAUAAAAGUGGUUUUAUUUUAUUGUAAAGAAAUACCUUUAAAGAAAACUAAUCUUAACUUAAUUGUGGGCUUUGUGUAGAUUGUUCUAACUCAAUUCAGAAUAGAGGGCAUUACAACGGAAUUGUGCUCACAGUGCUAUAUUAGUGGCAAAAGCUUUGUAAAGUUAAAAUGAGCAAUUACGGAAUAAGUAUGUUUUAAUUUUUUGUGUAAUGUUCCCACAUUGUUUGGUCACAUUAAAGAUGCACCCUUACUGCCAAAUAAGAUUUACCACACUUAAUAAUAUUGUUUUACUAUUCCAAAAAGGAUGAAUAGAUGUAAAAAACAAUGGUUCUUAUGAUGGAUACCGAGUUUAACUUAAAAGAAAUGAGCAUAAAACACUGUAUUUUUACCUUAUGUGACUAUGGUAGACCACAGUAAAUCUUUUAGCGUUCACCAAUCUUUUAAUAUUUUUGAGUGUUCUGCUAUUACGGUAAUUAAAUACACGGUUAAAAUCUUGUUAUCAGUAAUUUAUAUUUUCCAUAAAUGCAUUAUUUAGUAAGUAGUUAACGGUGUCUCUCAAAAAUGAUAUUUGUUAUACAUGUGUCUGUAUUGGUUUUGAAUAAGAGUGUCACUUUAAUGUUUGCUUCAGGCAACAAUUUUAAAUGUACAGAAUCUUAUUUCAUAGUAUGUAUUCAUUAGCAUUAAUAUCAGUGCAUGUCGUUGAAAUAUCCUGUGGGCUUGUUUGUGAAUGGAUGGAUUAAAUGUUAGUGUAUUAUAAUGGAACUACUUUUACCUUUAAUCCACAUUUACAAAAUAUUGAUGCAUGUGUUUAAGACUGAAACUAGCAGAAGAGUCCGAUAAAAAUCACUUGUCCAGACGCUAAUUUUGUUAUGUAUGCAAAAAAACGUCUUUAAUUCUAUUCAAGCUUGCAUUUUGAUGUAAGGUAAUAGAUUCCUUGUAUGCAUUGUUGUACAAAGUUGUGUAUUAGUAAGCAAUACUUUACAUCAAAAAUCCCCAAUAACACCAUUGGGCAGUACAAAAUUACAGUUAGAUAUUUGUUGUUGUCUUUCACAAAUAUAAAAGACGUCGUUUGGAUUACUGGGCAUUAUAUUGUAAAUAGAUGUUAAAUUUUCAUCUCCAACCAAACUGAGAUUGGUAGACUAGAAAUAAAAGAUGAAUGAUUUCGGACAAAGUGAACUAAAAUAUUUCUUCACUGUUUUUUUUUCCUCAAAAUUUUGCCAAAAAAAUGAAUAUCUGUGUGUUCAAACAAGCUCUAAAUGGAGUGAGCCUUUCUUUUAAUAAAUUGGUUGGAUAGACUUUGUAAAUAAGUUAUAUUCUGCUGCAGUUACAACAGUGUAACAUAAUGUGCUUUCUUACAAAACUGAUUUUAUGUUUAAUGUCACUAAAAACAUUUAAUAGCUCUACUGGCCAAAGCCAUGUGUCCAUCAACAAUUGCUUUUGAACGCGAUAAAGUCUUCAGUUCUGGUUGUAUUUAAAUCAAACUUAUAAAGUAGUAAGACAGCCGUGAUAACUUGUGCGCCUAACACUGAAAAAGUGUAUACACUGUCUUCAUUACAUAUAGAAGGAAAAUAUCUCAGGAAUAUUUGCUUUUAAGGAUAACAUUCUGUGACAUACUUUUUUUGUUUACAUUGAUUUAGGGUAAAAUAAAAGCAUUUUUUUCAAAUUCUGUUGCUUGAAAAAACUAUUUAAAUUGGUUGUGACAUUGCACAUAAAAUCAGUUUUAAAUGGCUUUUCCCGGUAUAUGAAAAAUAGCCCAAAUUGUGAUAAAAAGAAGCAAUUUAGUGCAAUAGGAAACAGUUGCCAUGGGAACUGUUUGUUUUUAAAAACUUUUUUAAAAGGCCUAUGCUGUGCAUAGCUUUUUUUUUGUGCGUAAAAAAUGGUUUGUGAUUUAAUAAAUAAAAUGUGAAAAAUUAUUGGCAGAUAUGCAUUUGUAAAUUUUAGGAGGAUUUUAGCACAUGUAUCUUUGGAAUCACUAAAAUUGAUUGUAGUUAUAAUUUUAGAUAUUCCAUUGUAGAUUUUACCAUGGUAGAAGAGCAGUGACAAUAUCAUAUCUGUUUAUUUAAGUUUUAAUUCUAAAUAUGUGAUUUUAUGUUGUUUUGUUAAUUUGCUGGGUACAAAAACUUUGUUAAAUGCUAUACAUGAAAUUAAAAAUUUUAGAAUUGAAAAUGACAGUUAAAGUUGAGUGUUUUACGAACUGGACAGUUAAGUGAAUGUAUAGUUUCAUGAAUACUUGUGCAUGUUUGUUAUGAUUGAUAUUUUGUUGUUUUAAAAACCAUAGCUUACAUUAUUGGAUUUUGAAAAUUAAACAUAUAUUCGACUUA